AUGAAGAAUCGACUUGUUAAUUCCGAGAGGCCGUCAGGGUGUCCAGGACUCAGGAGACUCGGAAAAGUUAAAUCCCUCGGAGAUCGAAAAUUUCAAACCGAAUUCAAAAGACGCACCAAAUGGGCAGAGGCUGUGCCGCUAUUACAACAAGAUGCAGUGUCGCUCACCAACGCAAUCUUCAACAACUGGAUUUGCCGGUUCGGUGUUCCGUUGUCGAUACGUUCCCACUGCGGGGCUAACUUCGACAGCAAACUGCUGCAAGAGGUCUGUGACCUCCUCGCUAUCUACAAGACCCGCACCACUCCAGCACAUCCCGAAGGCAACGGAUUGGUGGAACGGACUAACCGUGCACUGAAUCAACUGUUGAAGGCGUUCGCGGAAGACCAUCAUCCCCACGACUGGGAUAAACGUCUACCGUGUGCCAUGAUGGCGUACCGUGCUAACACACACAUGUCAACUGGCUACCCACCUUUCUUUAUGCUAACAGGACGUCAAUUUCGCCUUCCCGCAGAUUCACGGUUCCCACAACCCGCCGCAAACGAAUACGCACCAGAUAGCUACGUAUGGCAACUGCAGGAUUUGCUACGCUCCACCUACACCCUCGCACGUAACCACCUAGGAGCGGCCGCCGAACGACGGAAAACAUACUUUGACCGUCAGGUCCACGGCAACCCCUACCAACUAGGUGAUCUGGUUUGGCGUUUCCGACCAGUACCGCCCUUAGGGACGGCGGCCAAGUUCUUUCACCUGUGGGAAGGAUCAUUCGUUGUUGUCGACGUCAUACACCCCACCACGUAUGUAUUGCGUGAUGCUUCACGCCCCGAUGGACCCACCUAUACCACCCAUUUUGACAAGCUAAAACCUUACAGAGGACGACUACCCACCGCCACCGCGGACGUAACCCCCAUCAUUCCCCCACAUUUAGUGCCCACCCCAGUGGUUGAAGAAACAGUGGACAUGACCCAACCAGACAGCCCUGCGGACAGCGCUCCAGCUGAGGAAGGGGGUAUGUACCCUGCCAGCACCAGCGCCCUCUGGCCCCCUCAUGGUCCCGCCUCAUGA